CAAAAGCGCUCGUCAGUUCGGGCUUGCUCGUGAAAUUCCAACCUGCAGCAUUUAGAGUCAGCUGCAUGUCCACUUAAACCGCGGUCAUUCUCAUCUUCGCCUUGCGCUGUUCUGUCCUUUGGUCCACUGCCUUGAAGCAACAAUGAAUCUCGAGUCUUACAUACACGUCGACGGCCUCUCGCUUCACGAAUGGUUCCACGAGGACACAGUACGCUCCGCGCUGUCCUACAAGCCCAGCUCCGACGACGUUUUCAUAGUGACGUACCCGAAGUCUGGAACGACGUGGACGCAAUACGUGAUCCUCAGCAUUCUUGGUGGAGGCGAGGCGCCGAGAACCUACGUUGACUACAUGUUGAACUCCCCGUAUUUGGAGCUCAUGGGUGUCGAGGGUGUCGAGAGAAUGCCCAGACCGGGUCUGGUGAAAACUCACCUUCCUUUUCACAAGGCACCCUACUCACCGGAAGCGAAGUACAUUUGCGUCGCCAGGAACCUCUACGACGUUUGCGUGUCGUACUAUUACCACACACGGGCCCUUACACCAAAGAGAGUGAAAGACGUUUCAUUUUCCAGAUUUCACAAAAUGUUCACAGAGGGCAGGCUCUCAUACGGCGACUACUUCGACCAUCUGCUAUCCUGGUACGAACAUCGAGACCAACAAAACGUGUUGUUUUUCACGUACGAAGAAAUGAAAAAGAAUCCCAGGUUGUGGGUCUUGAAGAUAGCCGAAUUUCUCGGAGAUAAGUACGCAGACAUGCUCAAAAAUCACCCUGAAACGCUUGAAAAAGUUCUGGAUGCUACGAGCUUAAACAGCAUGAAGGCUGUCUUUACCGAGAAGCUGACCACGUCGGUGCUGGAACUUCUGAACUUGCCAGCAGACAAGGCUCUGAAGUCACUCCAGGUCUACCAAGACAUCUGGCCACAAAUGGGAGAGAUGCAUGUGUGUGAAGGCUUUGUUCGCAAAGGUGUGAUUGGUGACUGGAAGGAACAUUUCACACCGGAUCUCAUAGUGAAAACGAAGGCGUGGAUAAGGAAAAAGACUGCAGGGUCCGAUGUUAUGCAACUUUGGAAGGACAUAGAGCUACCCUAGCUUGAUACAUGCAGUGAGAAAAUUCUGAGAAAAUGCAAUGUGCAGCUGCCGUA